AUGGAGAAUUUCUUCGGAUGUGGAGAUACAGACUGGCAAAGAAGAUUAGAAAUGAUAGAGGCUAGCAAACAGCCAGACCCAAAGACUUUAAUUAAGAACUAAUUUGUACUUGAUAAAACUCAUUCACAAACUCAGAAACAACCUCAACUUUCUAAUCUACACUAGAUCAAAUUCAGUACUUAGCCAUUAAGCUUUAAUUAUAUUAUUAGUCCAAGUGUGAUUGAAGUAUCUGCGAAGAGGGUUGCUCCGAUCUGGAAAACAGCUUAGUACAAUGAUGAAGCUUUUAGAAGAUAGUUGAAUAACACUGUGCAUCGCUAGAUCUUUUAAUAUGAUGCAGAGAUUGCUUAAAAACUUAGAAGCGACAAGCACAAUAUUAGAGUCACCAAUAUUUCUGAGUACUCUAAUGCUCUGAACAGAGGUAGCGUAUUCAUCAACCCUAAGUUCUCAAGUUGCUGA